CUAGAUCCGUCUCCUGCCAGGGAGACCCCGGGAGUCGGACAGAUGCGGAGUCUCCGCGAUCGGAGGCUCUGAGGCAGCACUGGCUGCAGAUGCUAACCACCGGGAAGGCUGCCCGCCCUCGGCUGCGUCCUCUCCAUCAUGCCCGCAGGCAAUGUCACCACCGCGCUGCUGUCCCCCGGAGCCGGGGAGGAGGUCUGGGCAGGAUCUGGAGCGGAGGCGGAGGGCUUGGAGCUGCCCACCUUCUCCACCGCGGCCAAGGUCAGGGUGGGGGUGACCGUCGUGCUGUUCGUCUCUUCGGCCACGGGGAACCUGGCUGUGCUGUGGUCCGUGACGCGCCCCCAGUCCAGCCCGCUCCGCCCCUCUCCUCUCCGGAGGCUCUUCGCCCACUUGGCCGCCGCCGAUCUCCUCGUCACCUUCGUGGUCAUGCCCCUCGAUGCCGCCUGGAACGUCACUGUGCAGUGGCUGGCCGGCGAUGUGGCGUGCCGGGCGCUCAUGUUCCUGAAGCUCGUGGCCAUGUACGCCGCGGCCUUCCUGCCCGUGGUCAUUGGGCUGGACCGCCAGGCGGCCGUGGUGCACCCGCUGGGACCCCGCUCGGGUGGAAGGAAGCUGCUGGGGGCAGCUUGGGGGCUUAGCUUCCUUCUUGCCUUGCCCCAGCUCUUCCUAUUUCGCACUGUCCGGCGAGCUGGCCCAGUCCCCUUCACUCAGUGUGUCACCAAAGGCAGCUUCAAGGCUCAAUGGCAAGAGACCACCUAUAAUUUCUUCACCUUCUCCUGCCUCUUUCUGCUGCCCCUAACAGCUAUGACCAUCUGCUACAGUCGCAUCGUCUUCAGCGUGUCCAGCCCCCAGAGCAGAAAGGGCAGCCCUGCCCGGGUCGCUGAACUCAACCUCCGCCGCUCCUCAGACAAUCGUCCCCGGGUGCGUCUCCGGGCCCUGAGACUGGCACUGCUGGUCUUACUGACGUUCGUCCUCUGCUGGGCACCGUAUUACCUGCUGGGUCUGUGGUACUGGUUCUCCCCUGCCAUGCUGACUCAGGUCCCCCCCAGCCUCAGCCACAUCCUCUUUCUCUUUGGCCUGCUCAAUGCACCUUUGGAUCCACUCCUCUAUGGAGCCUUCACCCUUGGCUGCCGGAGAGGGAACCAUGAACUCAGUGUCGAGUCCUCCAAAGAAAGGGGAUCUGGAAAAAUGACCCAACAAGAGAUUCAAGUUCUUAGACAUUUGGAAGCACAAGCAGAUGUGGCAGCAAGGACAGCAGGAGAAACCAAAGAGACACUCAUGUAGCAUCCACUUGCUUAAGACAGAGGAGAUAGGAAGAGAGUAAUUACUCUUUGAAACUACAAGGCACUCUUCUUUCUACCUCUGCACUCUCGGUUCCCAAGAAAAAGAAAUAGUCCCAGUAUAUCCACCUCCAUCUAAGCAGACAGUUCUAUCAGACUGGAGCUGAGUCUGUAGACUGUAACAUAGAAUUUCUCAAGGGAGAAGCACCCUCAUGGUAACCCAGAGUACCCAUACUAUUUGUUUAUAGUAAAUAAAUAGUACCAGAGAGCUUGCAGUGUUGGAGGCAAGCAAGAUAUUUUUAAACGUAGAAAAAAAAACAGGCAUUUA